AAGUAAAUAACAGUAGUUUUCAAUGCAGCCAAUCAAAUAGGUCUCAGAUUUCAGGCUUCUCUCUUAAUAUAACCAACAAAGAGCCAGAAAACUUGUGUUUAUCCCUGUCUGAUGUAUAAUUACGCGUAAAAUGUUAUGUAUUAUUCCUCAGAUGUCAUUUACGAAACAUAAUCGUGCGAGGAACGGGCGAUCGUCGUUCUGCGAUUUCUCAUAAAUAUCAGAUAUCUAUAAAAUGGCAGACGUCAGGUUACUCAUCCAGGAAGAAGGUCGUGCAGCCAGAAACUUGGUAGCUUUUAAUGUACCUGUUGGUACGAAUAAUAUAGAGAAAAUUACAAAAAAGCCACCCAGUGUGCCAAGACAGAUUCAGUCAGGUACAACAAAGCGAUCCAUGAAACCAGCUACAAGAGUGAGAUCUGCUUCUACAGGUCGUGAUAAGAAAUCUGAAUUACAGGCACGAUAUUGGGCAUUUCUAUUUGGAAAUUUACAAAGAGCAGUUGAUGGUAUUUAUCAAACGUGCGAAGAAGAUGAAAAUAUUUCUGAAUGUAAAGAAGUUAUUCUAGUGCUAGAAAAUUAUACCAGAGACUUUCAUAACUUGAUAGAAUGGUUCAAAGUUAAGUGGGCUUAUGAAAAUUCGUCACCACCGUUAAGACGAACUCCUUUGGCUUGGGAAGUUAGAAAAACUUCUCCUUGCCGUAUAUGGAAUUCUACAAUAGUUCCAAAAUGUACUAGUCCCUUGCAAAGAAUAAGUCCAACAGAAUUUUCUUGCAAGAGUCCAAUCGAUCAAACCAUAUGUGAAAAUAAAAUUACUAUUGUAACGGACAAUAAAGUUAAUCAUGUAAAAGAAGAAUUUGUUCAUAAAUUAUUGAAAGAUAAUAAAAACAAUGUUUGCAAAAAUUGUUCCUCUGAUAUUAAAGAAAAACGCAAAAAUGGAGUAGAUAAGAUUGGGAAUCAAACAACGAAUAAAGAAAAAUCCGCAUCGACAAAAGCACUUAAAGUAUUUGUGAAACAACCUGUGCCAAUACAAUCAAAAGCCAAUAGUUUUGCGGAUCGCAAGACGUUAAAUGAAGGUGUGACGUGCGAUUUUAGAAAUAAGAUCGAUGUUAAAAAUGUUUCUAAACAAACAAAGGACUGUUUGCACAGUAACAUUGUAAAGCUAACUGAUUCUAAUUUAUCUGCAGAAAAACGAGAACCAUGUAAAAGUGAUAAGGAUGUUCAGCUGAUUUCAUGUAGUAACUGUGAAGUUAUGCAAAAAGAAAGUAAUGGUGUGAAUAUUAGAGACAGUAAGACAGAUGGGAAAAACGCAGAUAGCAAAUUAUCGUGUAAUAAAAGUAACAUUGGAUUGGGAAAGCAUGAAAUUAAUGCCAAAGUUAAGAAGGAUAGUAUUAAAAAACGUGAAAACAACUAUAUUAAUACUGAAAGAAUAAAUAUGAAAACACCCAUAGCUCAAAAUACUUCAGAAAAAAUUAAUCAAGUUAAUCAUCAAAUAAAUAAACAUCCCCAUGAAAUUGCUGAUAAAUCGAAUAAUAAGGAUAUUCGAAACACAUCAAUUGGCUCUGUAUUAAUCAAUGCAAAUAGACCUGCUUACUCAACUGUGUCGCAAACCAAAUCUAAAGUACAAUCAUCAACUUCAAGCGAAACUCCAAAGUUUAUUAGAAGUAAGACUUGUUUAAGUGACAAGAAUUUACCUACUUCGAAUAAAAGAAGGCCUGGAACAUCUGUUAUUGUGAGAGGACGAUUUCAAACUCCUGAAAAUAAGUCAUCUGAACAAAAUACCUUAAAGAAAGAUCAAAAUAGAGAAAUGAAUGGAUCAGUAGAAGUUUUAACGAAACAAACAGCACCUCCAAAGACAAAGGAUGAAAGUGAUGGCUGGCAAACAGUUAGGAACCGUUGUAGAAGAGGGAGUACUCAUAACCUGAACAUGUCUACACGCUUUCAUAAACCAAGCACUGCUCUAUCCUUACCAGCUUUGUCAAUAGAAAGUCCAUCAGAGAAGAUAAAGAAGACUAGUUACACUCCCGAUGGGAACAACAAGCAAAAGAAAAAAUGCAUUGUAGGAAAAACUGGCAAGAACAUGAAUAAUGAAGUUAAAAAAGUGAAAGGAGAAUUCAUGACAUCUACGAUUAAAAGUGAUCUCGAAGAUACGCUGAAGAAGAAUACUUUAAAUUUGUGUGACAAUUCAACGUCAGUGAUUGCAGCUAUCUUUAAGAACGAUGCCGAGUUACUCGAGAAACGCAUACAACAGUUCAUGGCUGCUCAGGCAGAAAGAGAAAGAAUUAUUUUAGAAGAAGAGAGGAAGACAGAAGAAGCAGAUUCUCAAAGAUCUCAGCAGCUAUCGGACGAAGAGGCAUCCUUGAAACGGCAAAUUAUGGAAUUAGAAUCUACCGAGAUUGACAUUGACACGGAAACGGACGAGACAGAUGGUGAAAUGGUUCUUGAAAUGGAAGAUGAGCCUAUAGUGUCGCUUAGUAGCGUCACUGAUGAUAUUAGUUUAGAGGAUAGAUACGAAAAUAUGUUGGAGGGAAUGUCUUGGGCGGAACGGGUUGAUACUCUCGCACAAUUGCGUGCAUUAGUAGCUCGCCAUCCGGGGCGUGCUUUAGAAUUGCAUCAGAAGCUUUCGUCUCCGUCGCGGAAAAGAUCGCUCCCCGAAACGUUAAGAAGAUAUCAAGCAAAACAAGCUUGCGCGCAAGACAAACGUCAAAAGCUAUUAAUGGAGAAAUCGCAACGAUUGCGAGAGUUAUUGAACAAAGUGGAAGACGUCAAAAGCGCAAAAAAUCAAUUAAUAGAAGACAAACGGAUCAGGAUGGAAAUGAGACUUAAAAGGGCGGAGGAAAAUAGAACGCAACAUUUGUUAGAAAUAGUGAGGAAGGCACACGAUGAGGACUCGAAAUUGAAGGAAAUAGCUUUUAUCAAUGAACUUGAGGCGCAAAAUAAGAGGCAUGAUUUUAUGGCAUUGUGUCAAGAGCAGGAAGAAAGAUUGCAGGGGAUUCAAGAGGAACGUCAACGUCGACAGGAGGAAAAAGCUGCUAAAGAAGCCGCAGCCGAAGAACGUCGAAGAGCUUUAGAAGCGGAACGGCAGCUAAGGAUACAAAAAAUGAAACAAGCGCGACGAGAACGCGAGGAGAGAGUUGGUAAAAUGCAGCUUGAAAGAGAAAAAGAACGGCAGGAAUUAGCGAGGGAAAAGGCACGAGAUCGUGAAGAACGCUUAUCGGCACUUCACGCGGCUCAAUUAGCUAAUCAAGAAGAGCUGCAGAAGAAAAUAGCGCAGAAACAGCAAGAAUCCGCUAGACGGCACGUGGAGAAUAUUGAGCACAUUCGGCAACGUGCUGUUGAAUCUUCAAUCUUAAUCCAGUGUUCCUUAUGUGGCACGAUUAUAGCUAACGAAGUACAUCUUUUGAGUCACUUGAAAGGAAAGGCGCAUCUCGAAGCGGUACGAAAUGCCCAUGAUAACCGCGAGCCAUCGCGAGACGAACUUCAACGUUUUAAUAUCGCACAAAUACGGGAUGUCCCGGUCAAUGUGGUCAGUAAUAAUAACGCGAACAGCAACAAGGCCGCGAGAGAGAAGCAGAAAGCGCUUAAGCGUCGAUGUAGGAAGAUAAAGCAACGCAUGAGCUUACGUGGGCAAGAAUGGGAGGAUAAAUGUAAAAAUGAAAGUAAUCAGAAUUUAUCCGUCGAAUCGGCCAAUAAAGUCAAAUUUCGACGCAAUUUAAAAGAGUUAGAUAGAUUGUAUAAUAAUCAUUCCAAAUCUGCAUGGUCAACUAUAGCACUCGCUGCCUUGGAGCGUUGCUUGGGUGAAAUUGUUCGAGCCUUCUCCAAAUCCUGUCCAUUUGAUCAAGAUGCGUUCAGAUGCUUGAAUGGAUUUGAUACCUUAACGAACUUAUUGAACCUAGGCUUAAAUACACAAAAUACAUCAUAUAAUUUACCAAAUAAAGCACUUAUAUCACUGUGUCGAGUCUACAAAGCGACCAUCAAUGAAAACAUCGAGAAUAUAAAAGCCAUUCUAUUAAGCAACAAAAUUCUCGUUAUUUUGGAUCUACUUUUACAACGUCUAGAGACUUUGACUAGUCUCGACGACCACACGCAGACCCAGGACGUAUCCGCCAAUUCAACCGGAAAUGGAAUGGUAGCCGCCAGCGCGACGCAAUUGCUGUGCAGCCUGAUCCCUGAAGAGCUCUUUGAGAAAACGGUCUUGCAGACUCGCGUUCAAGAUAUUGCCGGAUAUCUGGUAGCCAGCGGCUUAGUGGAUCGCGUGUCAAGUCACAGCCGGGCCCUGAUCGAGACGGAUUUCUUUCUGGAUCAGGAGCACGAGUCGCCGUUGCUGGUAUCAUCUUACGAUCUCAUCGCACGUAUCUGCGGCCAUCUGAGGCGGUCCGUCGAUCAAGAUAGCGUCAACGUGCACGGCGAGGGCGGCGGCGGUAACAACGUCGAGCAAACAAGCAACGAGUCGCACUUGCUGUCGACUUUAUCGUCGAGCGAGGCCUCGGGCGCGAUCGGCGCCCUUUACGCGGCGGUUGCAUUCACGCCACAGAAUCAGAAAGGUGGUACCUCGCCAACGCCUAAUCACACAUUCACGACCGCCGUAAGGAUGCUGGCCAGCCGCGGUCUCAAGCUCCUCAAGUCGGUCGCGGAACUCGAUCUUCGGACGCUACAGAGCUUCUUGGGCGCCGAAGGUACGAGUCUGCAAUGGCGAUUGAUAGCGAGCCAUCUGAUAACCCGAUUAUCUCGCGAUUCUCUAUCGGACAAUGUGGAAGUGGGAUCUAUGCCGGAUACAAGCGGCAUCCAUAUCCUUUCGGAGCUGUUUAUGGUGCUUGGCUACUUCGCCCUCAACAAUCCAGAUAAUCAGCUGGUUCUCCAAUCAGCUGGCGCGGGUCCUAGCGUUCUCCAGCAGUUAUGCACUCUACCGUUCCCGUUUUAUGGAGAUCCCAGAUUGUUACCGUACACUUUGCCGGCACUUCUGGCCGCUACGCAUAAUAAUUCCGAGGCAAUGGCGAUAUUGUCUUGUGAGAUGUCAUACGAGUUGCUGGAGCAGUACAGAAAUUCAGACGAAGGUAAAUUGAAUCCUUUGGUGCAUUUGCUGAAGGAUAACGCCUAGUCUGCCUCACGUUUUCCGCCUUAAAAGGUUUGAUUAGUUUAAUUCCAUUUCUUAGAAUUCUCAUUACAGGCGACUCUCGUAAUCCGCGCGUAUCGAAAUCAUUGAUAUAUCAUUAUGUCAAUUUACAAUUGUCUGUUUAAUGAGAUACGAAAAAAACCGCAAAGCGAACAUUUAAAGAAAUUGAAUCUAAUGCGUAGCUAAUUUAAUUUAAAAAUUCGUAGCCGCUUCUGUCUAUUAUUGCAUAAUUAGAUAUACGAUCCCGAUAACAGAAACUUCCCGUUAAGUAAGUAAUACGUCGAAUGCUAGCGAUUCUUCAAGUCCAGGAAUAAAACUCGAUUUGCAGAGACGAAGUUAAAUUUACUCGGAAGUUAACGCGAACGAAAGAAAAUAGCACGAACGUUAAUUUAGACCGUUGCUUCCCAAACCAUCCUUGUGCAGCCUAUUUAUGGCUACGUACUGAUGAGACACGCAUGAUAUUCCGUUUUAUAGGCUUGCAAUCUACACCAUCGAACUUUUACACAGAGGGUUCUAGAAUCUCUGGAUUUUAUAAUUAUAGAUCAUUUUAACGAAUAUAU